AUGGGAGUGUACUGGAGUCCGUUCGAUAAGUUUUUAGGAACCACUGAUUCCAAGCAUGUUGUUGCAACCACAGCUGUUUACUUUCAUCCAGCAAGAACCAAAGGCUCAAUGCACCAGCUGAUCAUGUUCGUGCUCAUAUCCUUGUUGUUUAGUUUGUUUGUGUCACUUGCGUGCCGCUCAACGUCGACUUUCUUCUUCAAUAAUGGCGAAGAUGAGAUAAGUUUUGGUAUCGACCUCAUCAUCAGUUCCGUUGGCCUUGCAUUCAUUGCAUUCAUGAAGCAAAAAGUUAACAAACAACCUUUCAACACCGCAUGUUCUUUGACGUCAAUUUCUUUGGUAACUUGUAUUGUAAAGGAGGGUGCUCUUAACUCCUCAGUCAUUCCUUUAAAGAGGUUAUUGUCUACUUCUCAAGUUGUGUUUGUGGGUUCUUGUGUUUCUGUAGCGACGUGCUAUAUUCUUUGGCCCAAGAGUGCAGUCAAGACGCUACGAAAGUCCUUGAACGAUAGUUUUAACAUUAUGUCCCUGCUCUUAUCUGUGACCACAUAUCGAUUCUUGCAUGGCGAGAAACUUACUCAGAAAGACAUGGAGAUCUUCUCCCAGCUACAAAAGAAGGCCAAUGAUCUACAGGGUAGCUUAGAGGAGGCAGGGUAUGAGCUACGCUGGGUGGGGAAAGAAGCGGAGUUCUCCAGCUACAGUAAAAUUGUGGAUGCCACCAUUUCUCUUACAAGCCAUUUGCAGGCUUUGAGAUCGUCUCUUGAGAUGCAAUGGCAACUUCUUCACGAGCAAGACCGAGAUAACAGAGACACGGAAGAUGUAAACGGAGAGGAUAGAGUCUCUGAUGCUUGUUCAAGCAAAAGUCUUGACAGCUAUCGAUCAGGCGAAAUACGCGUGUCUAUGUCGGUGGAUAAUUUAAUCAAGUUGCCCAAUGCUAGUGGCGAUCAUCAGACAGAAGAUACUGACCAAACUGCAAUGUAUCCUAAUCAACUCUUUGACUUGUUUGUCUUCUACUUGGCCCCAUCGAUCAAGCUGUUUGUGUUUACCGUGAAGGAGGUUUUAAGUGCUGUUCCAUUUGAGCGUAAGUAUAUUGGAGAUCAGCAUCAAAGUGUCUUCGUCAAAUCGUCGAAUUAUCAAAACUCGCUUAGAAAGGCUGUGGAGUUGUUUCAAGAGAAGCAAGCCAACUCAUUCAAGAAGCUUUACUCGCAAGACAUUUUCAAGCCAGAUAAUGAGAUGUUUAAAACAGAUCAGGAGGAGGUAACGGCAUGUUGUGGCAAUUUUGCAUCGUUGUUAGCUCUUUAUGGCGAUGAGUUGAUUCGGUUCUUGCAGCUUACUGAACACUUUGAACUUGUUGCUAAAUCCAGGCCUAGAAGCUGGUCUUUUCUCAAAUUCUGGAGACAGCAAGGAGACUCAAAUGAAAAGCAAAGGCAAUAUGAAGCAGACUUCAUCGAAGCACUCCGUGAAUUCAAAGCUCAGUUCAGCUCAAUGAAUAGCGUUCGACCAACAGAAACCACUGGCCUACUCUCCCGGAAGGAUAAAAUUAAUCAUUUCAGAAAACGACUAUGGGAGUCAUUAUACUUUUUUCGAAGAGUGGACAUCCAAUUUGGUCUUCGCGUAGGUGUUGGAGCAUUUUGCAUAUCGAUAUUUGCAUUUUUACCACAAACAAAGGAUCAUUUUGUUAUUUGGCGAUUGGAGUGGGCGUUAGUGAUAUACUGCAUCAUGAUGAGCAAAUCAUUAGGCGGCACAACCAUGACAGCAAAGUGGCGUUUUAUCGGAACAUUCCUUGGAGCUUUCAUAGCUUGGGUAGUUUGGGAUUUGACUGACGGUAAUGUUUUCGCCCUAGCGACUACCGGAUUUCUUCUUUCGAUACCAUGUUUCCGCAUCAUCAUCUACUGGAAGAAAAACAAUCCAUUUGGCCGGUUCAUACUUUUGACAUAUAACUUGACUGCCCUUUAUUCAUACAGCAUGACUCAAAAAGACUCGGAGGAUGAUUACGAAGGGGGCGAGAAGCCCAUAGUUUGGGAAAUCGCCUACCACAGAUUUGUGUCGGUGUCAAUUGGUAUCGUCUGGGCGUUGUUUGUUGCAACUUGUUUUCUUCCUAACAGUGCUAGAAAACGCCUUAAGUCUGGACUUACUGUGUUAUGGCUACGCAUGGGUGUGAUAUGGAAUAGUGACCCUUUGGAAUAUAAAACAUUUGAUCAUCAUCCUCCCAGACUUGUCGGCCUCAAGGACUACAGAGGUACAAGCAACCUCCUUUCGGAAUGUCAAACAUUGCUUAAACAGGCUCCUUUGGAAUUGCGACUAAAGGGAAGCUUCCCUAAAAAAACUUAUGAGGAUCUCUUAAGGAGCACAUCAAACAUCUUAGAUGCCUUUCAAAAUAUCAAGUUGAUGAUCGAAGUUGAUCCGUGGUUGUCACAAAAUGAGGAGUUUGUACUCAAGUACAUCGAAAAUGAGCGUGAAGAGCUUGAGCAUCGAAUAUUUUUGAUAUUUUAUAUGAUUGCAAGUGCUCUAGCACUUGGCUUCCCGCUUCCAUCGAAGCCCGCAUCCACCGAACAUGCUAGGAACAGAAUGCUUCUUAAGCUUAGUGAGGUAAGGUCCAAAUCAAUGAGUGAUGAUCUUCAGCUCUCUAAUGAAGACUACGUGCUUUUGUACUCUUAUCUUUUGGUGACAUCGACAAUCACAAAAGAGCUUGAUCAAAUCCUCAAGCUUAUUAAGAAGCUUCUUGGUGGGUUCUCGGAGGAAAUCUUUUACUUGGUUUGA